AUGAUACAGGAGGCGGUAGCAAAGGCAGUAAAUCAGUCAGUUGAGACAGCUGUGAAUGCAGCGAUUCCCCCAGCAAUAGACAUAGCAAUAAAAUCUAAUAUGCAUACUAUGGUAGAGAAGGCGUUGGAACCAAUUCAUGGAAAAAUUGAUAAUUUAACAGAGCAACUGAACCUACAAUUGACGGAAACCAAGGAACAAACGACUGAAAAUAAAAAACAGAUUGAAAAGUUGGCAAGUGUGGUGAAUAACUUAGAAGAUAAAUCAGAAGAACAUGAACAGAAAAUAGCUGCGCUGGAAGAGACAGUGACCAAAUUGGAAAUUGAUAAGGCUUCUUAUAUAUUAAGACUCCAAAAUUUAGAAGAACAAGAAGGAGAGGAUGUACAACAAAAUGUGAUCAAAUUAUUGGCUGAAUAUAUACAAGAAGAGGAUGAGAUCAAAGUUAAAAAUGACAUUGAGGCGAUUUAUCACGUGAACACGACAUAUACUCGAAAAAACAAAUUGCCACCUGAAGUACACAUAAGGUUUGCCAAAAAAAGUUUACGGCAACAAAUUUUGACAACUGCUAUGCAGAGACCGUUAAUGAGACACAAAAAGGAAAUCAAAAUAUUGAGGGAUGUCCCCUGGAGAAAGAGGGAAAAGAGGAAGUUGUAUAAAAAAUUAGUAAAUCCGAUAAGAAAGAAAGGGAUAAAAUUUAAAUGGCUGACACCGGAAGGUAUUACCUUCAACUAUAAGGAAAGAUGGCAUAAGAUAAACUCGGUCUUCAAACUGGAAGAGUUUAUAAGAAGAUUUGGAGAAGAGCUAGAGAUUCCGAUAACAGAGGAAAGCCAAAGUCAAGGAGAGGAGGAGGAAGAGGAGGAGGAAGAAGAAGGACCAGAGAAACAAGAAGGAAGGGACGGAAAACGAACUCAAGAGGCAAAACAGGAGAAGAGGCCAAAGAGAACGAGUAUGAUUCCGCUGCAAGUACGUACCAGAUUAUUUUACAGAAAGAAAAAGAGCAAUAGAUAA